AUGGGCGGCUAUGCCGAGCUCUCUUCUCCACUCGACGUCCGCGAGGCCGUCAGGAUGGUCAAAGCUCACCUGGGUCUCAAAUACGUCCAGCUCGCGGAACCGGCGGUCGUCCAGCCCGUGACCAGCCUGGCUGUUUGCGCUGGGUCGGGUGGAAGUGUGUUUAAAGGCAUUGAUGCAAAGCUCCUUAUUACUGGGGAAAUGUCUCAUCACGAGGUACUUGCCUAUGUGGCUUCCGGUACAUCCGUCAUCCUCACCAACCAUACCAACACGGAGCGAGGAUACCUUUCUGCCGUGCUCAAACCCUGGCUUCAAGACGAGCUGGACAAGGAGGCUGCCAGUGACGAGGAUGCCAGCAGUGGCGCCAAAUGGGAAGUGCUGGUCAGCAAGGCUGAUGCCGACCCUCUUCGUGUAGUCUAG